CCUCGACCGCGACACUGAUCUUACAGAGCAGCCGUCAUCUCGAGUUUCACUCACUCUACACAGACUAUAUCACUUUCUAGGCUACAAGCUCUCGACCACUCACACCAUGCCACCAAAAUCACGCUUCCGCCAGCCAGGCGCGCAGCACUUCCAGCUCGUGCAUCGCUCCCUGCGCGACCCCCUCAUCAACGACCCCGACGCGAGCAAGCAUGUCUUCCGCCCCAUUGAGCGCGGUAACGAAAAGGCCGCCUUGACGCUCUCGGACCUCGAGGCGAGCGUGGACAAGAGUGCGAUGCGCGCCAACGAAGGCGAAGCCGCCACGUACGGCAUCACAUACGACGACUCGGCCUACGACUACAUGCAGCACUUGCGGCCCGUGGGCCUCGGCGGCGCCGACUCGGUGCUCCUCGAGGCGCCGCAGAAGCAACAGAAGAACAAGGGGUUCAGGAUGCCCGAGGAGGUCAUGGCGUCCAAGCACGAGAUAUCCGUGCAGGACGUGUAUGCGUCGCAGGAGGCGCUUCCGCGCGAGCUGCAGGGGUUGCAGCCCGACAUGGACCCACAUCUCCGCCAGGUGCUCGAGGCGCUCGAAGACGACGCGUUCGUGGACGAGGACGGGGAGGAGGACGUGUUCGGCGAACUGCUCGGGUCAGGGCAGCUCGAGGACGGGGAGGAGGCGGAGGAGUUCGAGUUCGCCGAGUGGGGCGUGAAUGAGGACGACGACGAUGCGCGUACGGAGAACGGCGAGCCGCGCGAGGAGACAUGGGAGGACCGCUUCCGCGCCUUCAAGGCCGCCGGGGGGCACCACAAGCCGGCCAGCAAUGGGGGAUGGGACGACGCCGACUCGGCCGAGCGCUCCGAGAUGGCGGACACGGUCGGCAGUCUCGUGAGCGGCAUGGACGACCUGAUGGUCCGCGGCGGCAAGAAGCGGCACGGGAAGCGCGGGCCGUCCGACGCCUCGGGGAUGAGCAUGUCCUCUUCCAACGUGUAUCGCAACGACAAUUUGCGGACACUGGACGACCGCUUCGACGCCAUUGAGCGCCAGUACGACAUGGACGACGACGAGGAGUGGGACGAGGACGAGGACGAUGUCUCCAUCGCCCCCUCGUACAUGUCCAGCAUGAGCCGUGUCUCGUUCUUGCGCGGAGACGAGCCGACGGGCGCAGGGCCGGCGCCGGAGAUCAGCCGCGACGACUUUGACGCUAUCAUGGACGACUUCCUCGACAACUACGAAGUGGUUGGACGGCGUAUGCGCGAGUCGCUCGGCGGGACAGCGUUGAGUGGCCCCGAGAAGCUGAGGGUACUCCGUGCCGCGCUCGAGGACGGAGUGGAGGGUCCGACACGGGAAGAGAACCGUCGCCGAAUUCUCGACAUUGAGCGCCGCAUUGAGACCGGCGAGUACCGGGACAUCAAGGAGACAAUGGACCGCCGUGAGGUUGAGCCGGAGCACAAGUGGGACGUGGAGACGAUUCUCUCCACAUAUACAAAUACUGAGAACCACCCCGGCAUGAUUCGCGUCCGCAACAGCGAGCAGGCCAAGGAACGCGCUCUGCGACGAGCUGAGGCUGCCGCCGCCGCCGAGGCUGCGCGUGCCCGCGACGGCGAGGAGGAGGAGGACUCGGGAUCCGAGACGGAGCGCGAAGCCAAGGUCACAAUUGCACGGCCCAAGGGCGAGAGCGCCGAGGAGCGCAAGGCGCGCAAGAAGGCGACCAAGGCCGAGAAGGCGAACAGGCGCGCGGAGAAGAAGGCGCACACCCUGACGUUCAAGGAUGAGCGCAAGCGCCAGCUUACCGCUCACCAGAAGGCGGUCGGGGGCGGACGUGCAGCGGACAAGGUGGUGGGCUCGCGCGGCGUGGUCUCGCUGUCGUAAGAACGGCUCCGCACCACGGCCUUCCAGGGCGUUCCGCCACUUGGCGCUCGAAGACGCUCGGCGCUGGGUGCUGCGCUCGGCUCCGCUCCGGGGCCUUAAUGACGGAUCGGCCCCACGCCGAUCGCGAUCGACGUGCCAAGCUCCGCGCGAUCAUCUGCGCUUCUAGACGGCUUUCGAGAGACAUAUGCACUGUUGUACGCUGC